GCUCGGAAACCCCCGGGGCUUGUCUGGCGUGCCGGGACCGGAACAGGAAGCCGUUGCUGCUUACUUCUCCCGCGUGGGAAACUCGUGUUAACUUUCCGGCUCCGCGCUGUACUGCGAGUUCGGGAUUUUUACGCGGCAAGGUUUUUUAUUUUAUUUUGUUUUUUUUUAUUGAAGGCGUAGCGAGUGGGCAGUCGAAGAGAAGAACAUGGUGCGCAAACUGAAAUUUCAUGAGGAGAAGCUUCUCAAGAAGCUAGACCUGGUGAACUGGGAAGCUGCAUCAGGCAAUCUAGCUGAGCUCCGUGUGCUUCGUCGUUUCCGUAUUCAACGGAGGGAAGAUUACACUCGCUACAAUCAGCUUAGUCGGGCUGUUCGGGAACUAGCACGCCGGAUCAGAGACCUGGGUGAUGUACCAGAAUCAGCAGGUUUCCGGGCUAGGAGUACUGCUGCUCUUCUGGACAAACUUUAUGCCAUGGGUGUGGUACCCUCUAAGAGCUCUCUUGAACAGUGUGAUCGAGUCUCAGCCUCUUCCUUUUGCCGUCGCCGUUUGCCUUGUCUGCUCAUAAAGCUCCAUAUGGCGCAAAACCUGAAAUCUGCUGUGACCUUCGUGGAGCAGGGACAUAUCCGCGUGGGACCAGAAGUUGUAACAGACCCUGCAUUCUUGGUAACCAGGGCCAUGGAGGACUUUAUUACCUGGACUGACUCCUCUCGCAUCCGACAACAUGUACUCAACUACAAUCAGGAACGGGAUGAUUUUGACUUCAUUUGUUAAAAACAACUUUUCUUUGGUUAACCGUUUGCAUGAUUACACCUUAAAUAUUUAACUCAGUUAGCUUCAGGAGGUGUCCUACUAGCACAUUUCUGUCUUUUAUUUGUUUUGCUUGUUUAAUUCUGCAAACAGUAUAUAGUAUAGACUAUAAACCAAACCACAUCCUUUUGUGAUCAGGUGCAAUUUCUAUAACUGCAUGUUUAGGGUUUCUAUCAGAAAAAAGUGGAGGACAACAAUUUCAUAAGGGCAUCUUGUAAAACAUCCUGUGUGUUCCCUUUUAUUGAUUUCAUUUUGGAUCACAGUGAAGAUUAAUAAUUGGAUUGCAUCUGACAUCUUCCCAGAAGAUGGUAUCAAGUCUUGUUCCAUCAAGAAUGCUUUAAUUAAAACAGACUUUAUUAUUCCCUUUUGAUCAAGAUUUGGAUGGCUGCCUACAACAAAUCUAUGCAGUCAUUAUUUUGAGAUUUAUUUUUUUCUUGGCAUCUCAACUUUAUAUUCUAUUUGUUUCUAUAGUAACAUGUUCUCUAUUAGUGUACAAGCUGUUAUGUCAAUGUUAAAUUGUUGGCUAGAACGUAAGGCUUUGAACUGGUUAUUGACCUGUAUGUCUUUAUUUUAUUCACAGCAUCUACAAUAAUGGAAAGAAGUUUACUCUGAUUAUGGUUAUAAUAUUGUGUAAUACCUCAAAACAUCAAUUUUGAGUUCAGUUUUGGAGCAUAAAGCUAUUUAAAAUCUUUGUGUUUCUCUAUAAAAUCUCUAAAAUGUACUCCCAGUUUUCUGCAGUUUAAAACAAAUGUGUUUCCCCAAAUCCUAUUAAUAAAUUGCAGAUUGGAA